UCGCCAUUCGUCGAACCUGAUACCUUGAAGGCGUGGUUGGCGACCGUUGAGUGUUUUCGUGUCUGCAAAUAGUAAGUCGUUGACACUCGCAAGGUGAGCUGAUAGGACCAGGCCAACGGCACGCAACUCUUCGCCGCCAAAGUGGGACGAGACGAGUCCAAAUGGCCAAGAACGGCACUAUCUCACGGCCCCCGAUCCCUCCGAAGCAAAGAUCAUCUUCAAGUCCGACAUUUCUCCGACUUCAUCAAAUGGCGACGCGACAGGGUCCGCGGUCGGUGUUUUCAUGCGGCUGCACAUUCCGGUGAAGCUGAAGCAAGUCCCGGCACGCACACCAAUCCACAUCCAUAUCCGCCCAUCUCACGUCCAAUCAUGCACCUUCGCCGUCGCUGUCGACCCUCCCGAAGCUGUUAGGGCGGUGUCGCAAGGUCAGCUGGCAUGUCUGUCGAUGAACCUCAGCGGUUCUGUUCAAGUCAUCGUUCCCCAGAAUAUGUCAUUAUCACCGCGGCCUGCGAAGAACCGAGCUUCAGGCCUAGUGCUCGACGCCGUUCGGUCCCUCAGCCGAGCCACGCAACUCGUCAUGUAUAUGCCAGCCAACCUUGCUCCGCGGACGCACCUCCAUCGUCUGUCGGCAUUACUCAGUUGUGGUGAUGGUGUGCAAGAGCUGCCGCCGUAUACCGAAUUAUUCAAGUUGUUUGGCGGAUCAGGAGGGCGGAUAUGGGACGUCGAGCCUUCCUAUCCAGCGUCUUCACCCGAUGGCGGCGGAGAAGGAAAUGAGGAUAUCCCACCACCAUAUCAGGAAGUAUCCGCAAGGCCCUCCACCCUAAGAAUACAAUCCGAAGGGCGGGAUGGAAAGCGGCGGCAUAGUAGCAGCGACCCUGUUGCUGCUGCGGUCACCGACGAGACUUCGAGGGCGAAAAGGCCGGAUUUGCGCGCUUCUCCACCAACGUCACAUCUUCCCGAGAAAGCCCAGAGACCAGAGCCUACCAUCCUCCAGCGUCUGGCGCUUCUAGAGGCGGUCGUCCAUGCGCAAGCCGUGCAGAUCAGCAACCUGUCGAGUGAGAAUCAAGCGCAGCGGAAGCGGAUCGACGAAUGUGAAGGGGAGCUUGCGGCCUUGCGUUUGGAGAUCGCGCGCAUGGAUCGCCAACUGGACCGGCUGGAUCUGGAGGUCUCGGAACAGCGAGAGGACAUUGCACGCUUGGAUGGCAAUGUGCAGUAUUGUCUUGAGCGAGAGGACGACAUCGCGGAGGCUGUUAUAGAUGCUGUAACGGAGCGGAUUUCUGAGAGAGGUCUUAGCGCGGCCAAUAUACACUUCAUCUUGGGUGAUGGUUGAAACCCAAUCUAUAGCGUUAUCGAGGAAGCAUCAAGUGGUUUUUGAGCUUCUGUUCUUAAUCUACCUCUUCGUUUCUCUUCUUCCGUUAAUUCCCUUUUAGCCUUCUGUUUCAUUUUCCUUUCGUU